AUGUCGUCAAUACCAAGGCCAACACUCCCACCAUUUUUGCCAUUGCCCACCUCCUCAAGAGCUUUCCUCUUCCUCUGCGUCUCUUCAGCAACCUUCAGCAACCUUUUAAUUGGAGAGGUCUGUAGGGAAUUGGGGAGAAGAAAUCGAAGGGAGGGAGUUUGGGUUAGAGUUUGGCAUAAACUAAUCCAGGCAGAGUCUGUGAAGCUGGAGAGGCACGGAGAACACCAAGAGCCCCAGGGCAUCUCGUACCCUGGGACUGGUUCUUCCUCUUCUUCAUGGCCCCCCGUCGAUCCCCACCAUAACCAUCAUAACCACCACAAUCACCACCGCGAUUCCAACCACUACGACGACCACCACCACCAUGGCAGCCACUCUAAUGGCUCGUUCCAUCCGGUGCCUUUUUCUGUACGCAAAAGGGCUUGGCAUCCUUCUAAUCAAGGACCUUCUCCAGAUAACGUUGAAAGCGCCUUCCAUGUAAAACUUUAUGUUGCACAGGUUUCCAGAACAGCGACUGAGGAAGUUAUUCGCCCGUUGUUUGAACAAUAUGGAAGUAUUACCGAGGUUGUUAUUUUGAGGGAUAAGAGGACAGGCCAACAACAAGGCAGUUGUUUCGUGAAAUAUGCAACACUAGAUGAAGCAGACAGGGCUAUCGGAGCCUUGAAUAAUCAGCAUUAUUUUCCUGGGGAAGUUCUACCAAUCACAGUUAAAUAUGCUGACUGGGAAUUGGAACGCCUUGCGGGACUUGACAAGUUGUAUGUGUGUGGCCUGAACAAGGAAGCUUCGAGGAAAGAAAUUGAGGAAAUAUUUUCGCCAUAUGGUUUUGUUGAAGAUAUCUACAUUUUGCGUGAUGAGAUGAGGCAGAAUCGUGGGUCCGGAUUUGUGAAGUUUUCCCAUAAAGAUAUGGCUCUGGAAGCAAUCAAAGCAUUAAAUGGAACCUUCAUUAUGAGAGGUUGUGCUCAGCCGUUAAUUGUUCGCUUUGCAGAUCCUAAGAAACCGAGGGGAAUAGAAUCAAGGGGCAAUUAUUUAUUUAGCAAUGCAAACAUUGUUCCCCACUCUCAAGAACCAGUUGUUAGGCCAGUAUCCGAUCAUGGUGAUUCCACUGGAGGGUAUAAUAUGCAUAAUGCAUCGUAUCCUGUUCAACAAGCUUCACACCCACCUAUUUCUCAAUUGGCAAACCAUGAACCCCAGGCUUCUAGUGUCAUACAACCACCAUUUCCUCCAUCAAAGUCACCUUCACAGUUGUGUAGGAUGCCUUCACAACACACACAAAUUACGCAUUCUCGGACUUCUCAAGUAGAAGUUAAUGAGACCCAGAAGCAGCAUCUGACGCAACCAUCAGGGCAAAUUAUUGGGCAGCAGCAGAGUUCUCAGACAGUUGCUAGCAAUUCUCUCUCAGCUGCAGUUCCUUCAAAUAAUGAGAUAGCAGCUCCCAUAGAGUGUGACUGGAGUGAACAUAACUGCCCUGAUGGAUACAAGUAUUAUUAUAAUUGUGAAACUUGUGAAAGCAGAUGGGACAAGCCUGAGGAGUUUGCCUUAUUUGAGCAAGCAUUGCAGAUGCAGACACAGCAGCAAAAUCCUUCUCACCAUCUUAAAUCUAUGUCAUCGGUUCUUUCUACCCAACAUAGUGCUCAAACACAGCAGGUACAGAUUCAGACACAGGCCUUCCAUCAGACGCUACAACUUCAGAAACCUUGCUCAUCUGCACCGGGAUGUGGUAAUUGGGGUGUUUGGGGAGCUGCCGCGGUUGGGGUGGGGUUUGUUGGGGUGUUGUGUGGUGGUGAUGGUGAUGGUGGGUAG